CUCGAACGUGCUUUCACUCUUCUCGCUGAUAGCACUGUCACUCUUGACAGCGAGGAGAACUCGGAGCUGCCGAUCAAUGUGCGGAAAGCUCGCCUCAAGACGCCCAAGACCUUCAACAAAGCUACUGGAAAGGAGACGACUUCCGAACACGCAUUCUCAGUUGCUAAAUGGAGCUCCAAGACUGCUGCAUUUGUAUGCGGGGCGAAAAAGAAGGGCAUGGCGGCAACAGAGCUCACUGUCUCGAUGGCGUGGAAGGUUCUGAAAAAGCCUGGUUUCGAGAAAUACACUGGCAAUGACAUGUCCGACGAGGAUGACGAUCGCGCAGACAUUUGGUAA